AUGGCCAUCGGUGCGCGGAGGGCUUUUGCCUCUUCCGCCCGCCGCCUCGUCUCCGCUCGCCUCGUAUCCCCGUUCGCCCCGCGCUUUCCAACUUCCGCAUCACCCCUCGACGCUGCACCGAAUUGCCACCCCCUUCCCUCCGCUGUCCAAUUUUACGCGGAUGACGCUGUUUCCCCCUCAGGGUGCCGUGCUUACUCCGCCGGGGGGGAAGCGCUGGGGUCGUCGGGCAGCGGGGCGAGGGCGCAGGCAGGGGGGAUGGAGGGGAAAACUGCGGGCGAGGGCGGCGAGCGGAGCGGAUCCGCCACCACCCACUUCGGGUACCGGGCGGUGCGCGAGGAGGAGAAGGCGGAGCUGGUGGGAGGAGUGUUUUCGUCGGUGGCGGACAAGUAUGACGUCAUGAAUGACGUCAUGAGCGGGGGCCUGCACCGUCUGUGGAAGGACAGGCUGGUGCGAGCGCUGCACCCCUUCCCCCACAUGCACCACCUCGACGUGGCGGGCGGCACAGGCGACAUUGCGUUCCGAGUGCUGAGGGCCAUUCGUGAGGCGGAGGCGGAUCCACGGCGCAUGGCGGCUGCAGGCACAGGGAGGAGCAGCGGGGAGGGGUGGGGCGAGGCAGGGAGGGGGGCGCGGGUGAUAGUGUGUGACAUCAAUGCGGACAUGCUGCGCGUGGGGCAGCUCAGGGCGCAGCAGCAAGGCUUGGCAUUGGACGCGGCGCUGGAGUGGGUGCAGGGCGAUGCGGAGGACAUGAGUGCGGUGCUGGCGGAUGGCAGUGUGGACGCCUACUCCAUCGCCUUCGGCAUCCGCAACGUCACGCGCAUCCACCGCGCCCUUGCAGAGGCCCACAGGGUGCUGCGCAAGGGAGGCCAGUUUGCAUGCCUGGAGCUCAGCCACGUGGAGGACCCUCUCUUCAAGGCACUCUACGACAUGUACUCCUUCAAUGUCAUUCCAGCCAUUGGCCAGGCAGUCACUGGGGACAGGGAGUCGUAUCAGUACCUCGUGGAGAGCAUUCGCAAGUUUCCAACCCAGAGGAGAUUCAUUCACAUGAUGGAGCAAGCAGGAUUCAGAAAUGUGUCAUAUGAGAACAUGACAGGGGGUGUUGUGGCACUGUUUACAGGCUUCAAGUUGUAG